AUGAGCCAUCUACCCAACGAACUAGGACCGAGUGCUCGCGCCCCACGUCCCGCCAGCACAUUUUACAAAUCUCUCCAAGAUCAUACUACAAAAUACAGACUCCGCAAACUCUCCUUCGGAAGUUUUCAAAAGGAGAAAAUCCCACGAUCAGAGCGUCCUUCGAAAACUAAAGUCCCGCCUGAACAACGUAUGCAAGGCGUCCGACGGGGUACCGCGGAAGUCCAGAUCCGACGGGUGAAGUGGUGGGCUGUGAAGCGUAUUUCUGUGUUAACGCAUAAAGCGCAUAAAGCCAUUCGACGAUCUCAGGAGUUACGACAAAGGAUUUUGCACGCUAGGGACGAGACGGUUGAUUUUUUGAUUCCGUUGUUUGAAGAGUUAGGGACGGAACCUAGUGCUGUUCUUGACGCACAAAAACUUGCGAAGAAGCUUGAUAGGAAGAUUACAAAGAUUGAAAAUAAGAUUGCGACAGUUGAGCGACGGAUUCGGAAACUUCAGAGGGAUAUUGAAAGAGUCGAGAGGAAGAGGGACGCGAAGAUUGGGAGUUAUCAGUUACAUAUCAAGAACCUCGCGAGGAAGACAGAAAUCGGCGUUGAGAGUACCGCUGGCAAGGAAGCCGCCGGCGAAAGGGCUGCUGCGAAUACUAGGAAGGCGGCAGAGCUUUGGUUACAUACCCGUUUAAACCGCCACACUCGAAGUUGCGCCAGCUUCGACCGUCCACUCCACCGUUCCAAAAGCCGUCGAGGAAAUAGCGUUGAAGGUAUCAGAGUCCGUUGGAGUGGUGAUCUUUCAGUCAGUAACACUGUCACCAUUCGGCCUACGGAAUCCGGUACCACAGGCGAAAUCUCGCGGUCGAGCAGUUUGGAUAGCAGUUCAUCCUCUAUUGUGAACGUUGACGCUGUAGUUGCCAUCCCCGCUGACGCUAUUGGAGAGGGAUUGGAACUUGAUCUGAAGGUUGUGAAACGGGAAGCUCCGCAGAGGCAAUUUAAUCCGCAGGAAGCUGUGGUUAAGAAGAAGAGCAACGAGGGGGAUGCAAAAGUGGGCGGCCAAAACUUUCAGUUGGAAGAAAAAGAGUCCAGAACCGAGUCCAGAACCGAGCGAAGUGGAAGUGGGGGUGGAAGUUCCGAGGAAGAGUCAAAAGAAGAGUCUACGACAGAGCCUGAGUCUGAAAGCUCUGAGGAAGCCUCCAGAGGAACUCCUGAGGUCUCAAACGAAGUCGGAAAGGGAUCUGAACAGGGACAGGAGGAAUUCGGCCAAGGAUCUGAAGAAAGAUCUGAAGAGGGACUUAAAGCAGUCAUUGAAGAAACACAACGAGCCGGAGCCGGAGCCUCCCCAACCGCAGAAGAAAGCCCAAACCCAAUUCUGGAAGAAGGGUCUAGGGAUUCUGGACAAGGGUUCGAAGGGGGAUCCGAAGCAGGGCUCGAGGCAGGACUCGAACACCUCGAAGAAGAAGGCCCGAAAGCAGAAUCCGAAAACCUCGAAGAGAGACCUCAAGAGCUCUAG